ACCGACACUGCUCACUCGCCUCGCUCUCCACCCAACUCUCCUCAGCGUGAGAUCCAGUGGAGGCCUCCAUCCCCUGGCUGCGACACCGUCCGCUUCCUUCUCCCUGCCCCUCGAGGUCACCGGGGAGGCCGGUCAGUGCAGCCACCCAUACAUCGGCGGCAAGGGCUUGGUCUUUUUUUUAGCAAGGUGGCCGUCCUUGUGAUUGUCAGUAGUCAGCGUAUCUGGAAGAACUCGAAUGCAGGAGGCCUUCUCUAGGUUGUGUUGUACAAGAAGAAGGUUAGUCAAACACCAGCCUCAACUGAGAGGCUGAGCAUGGCGGAGGUCGUGACCGGAGCUAUGGGUAGCCUCCUGCCCAAGCUCGCUGACCUGAUCACAGAGGAGUACAGCCUUCAGAGGGGUGUCAGGGGCGAGAUCAUGUUCCUCAAAGCUGAGAUGGAGAGCAUGCAGACGGCUCUCCUCAAGAUAUCUCAGGCACCAAUUGACCAGCCACCAGAUAUCCAAGUCAAGCUUUGGGCCAAGGCGGUGAGGGACUUAUCUUACGACCUCGAAGAUAGCAUCGACAAGUUCAUGGUGCACAUCGAAACCCAUGGACAAGACAAUUCCCGCAGUUUCAAGGGUUUCAUUGAUAAGAGCCUCAGCCUCCUGACCAAGGGCAAGAUUCGCCACAAGAUUGGCAUUGAUAUCAAAGACAUCAAAAGCCGUAUCAAGGAGGUCAGUGAGCGGUGUGAUAGGUACAAGGUUGACAGUGGGGCCGUUGGUAAGCCAACUGGUCCAACUAUUGAUACCCUUCGCCUCUCAGCCCUGUAUAGAAAGGCGACAGAGCUCGUUGGCACCGACUAGAAGAGCGUUGAGGUUAUCAAGAUGCUGAUGGAGGGAGAUGAGGUUUCCAACAGACAACUGAAGGUGGUCUCUAUUGUUGGAUUUGGUGGAUUAGGCAAGACAACCCUUGCUAAUGCAGUGUAUAAGAGGCUUAAAGAGAAAUUUAAUAUUCAAAAACAAAAUCAGCAAUUCGAUUUUUCUGCUGCUUUUGUUUCAGUGUCUCUUAAUCCUAGCAUGGAGAAGAUUUUCAAGAACUUGCUCUAUCAACUUGACAAACAGAAGUACGAGAAUAUCAAUGAGGCAACAUGGGGUGAAGCGCAACUCAUCAGCGAGAUUAGAGCCUUCCUUAGAAACAGGAGGUACUUGAUUGUUACUGAUGACAUAUGGGAUAAAUCUGUCUGGGAAAAUAUCAAAUAUGCUUUGCCUGAAAAUGAAUAUGGAAGUAAAGUAAUCACAACAACUCGCAUUCUUGAUGUUGCCCAGCAAGCCAAUGAUGUUUACCGGCUGGAGCCUCUUUCUAUUGUUGAUUCAAGGAAGUUGUUCUACCAAAGAAUAUAUGAGGCCGAGAACAAAUCACCACCUAAUCAUUUGGUCGAAAUAUCCGAGAGAGUUUUAGGAAGAUGUGGUGGAGUGCCGUUAGCUAUCCUUACAAUUGCUAGUUUGCUGUCCAGUAAAAAGGGAAGAUCACACACGCAUGAGUAUUGGUCCAAGGUAUACAAAUCUAUGGGUUCGGGCCUAGAUAAUAGUCAUGAUGAUGUGAAGAACAUGAGAAGGAUAUUAUCAGUCAGUUACUCUGACCUACAUCCUCACCUGAAGACUUGUAUACUGCAUGUUAGUUUGUACCCAGAGGAUUAUGAGAUUCAAACUGAAGAGUUGAUAUGGAAGUGGGUGGGUGAAGGUUUUGUUAAAAAUGAACAGGGGAGGAGCUUAUAUGAGGAAGGAGAAGAUUACUUCAACGAGCUUAUUAAUAAAAGCUUGGUCCAACCUGUAAAAUUUGACAACGCGAAUAAAGUGUGCUCUUGUUGUGUACACGAUAUGGUGCGUGACCUUAUCACUUCCUUGUCAACUGACGAGAAUUUCCUAACAACAUUUGGUGGUCAGCAGCCAGUGUAUCUACCAGGUAAGAUCCGUCGACUGUCUAUUCACACCUGCGUUGAAGAUCAGCUGCCAACCAUGGGCUUGACCCAUGUGAGAUCACUUAGUGUGUCUAGCCCAGCUUUCUGUCUAUUGCCAGCACUUUCGGGUUUAACUGACUGCAAGCAAGUGGAUAAUAAUCAUUGGAAGGAUAUAUGCAGUUUGUUUCACUUGAGAUAUCUGAAUUUAAAGGGCACAUCUGUCACUAAGAUCCCCCAAAAGAUUGGGAAUCUGCAAUUUCUGCAGGUGCUUGACAUCAGGUCCACCAGAAUAGAAGAAGAGUUGCCGUCAACCUUUAUUCAACUGACACGACUGUUGUUAUUCCACAUGCUUGAUAGCAUCACUUUUGCAGUGCCGAGGUGGAUGUGCUCCAUGUCUUUCCUCUUCUCCCUAAGUAUCACACUUGAAACACUGGGAGAGGAAGACCUUCAAGUUCUCGGGAGUAUACCAUCUCUCAGUGAACUGUUCAUACAAGUGAAGAAACCUACACAAGGCAGAGACAAACGGUUGGAUGUUGGCAGUGGUUAUCCAUUUCGGUGUUUAACAAUGUUCAUUUUCAAGAGUGAUACCAUGGAGUUGAGGUUUGAACGAGGAGCCAUGCAAAGUCUCCAAAGCCUGUGGUUAGAUUUUGAAGAUGUGCAGGACACAUUACUUCAGUUUGGUGAUUUUAUAUUGGGUUUAGAGAAUCUCUCUUCGCUUGAGCAUAUUUAUGUUUGCUUCAGAAAAGGCAACGACACUGCAGAGGAGAUGCAAAGUGUGAGAAAUUCAGUUCAGAAAGAGAUGGAUAUGAAUCGAAACAAGCCCAUACUGAUGUUCCCACUAACAUUGGAAGAGGAAAUACGUCGUCAAGAGGAACUUCGUCGGAAGGCUGCGCUGAAAUACCUGAACGCUGUUCGCAAGGAGGCAAUAAUGCUGGGUGGUGGGGCAAAUAAUGCUCCUCAAGUUACUGAUCGUGAGCUGAGACGGUUGCUAGUAAUUAAUCAGGUUAUCAGAGGCAAAGACCAGGAUGCAGACUUGGGCACCUGAGCGCUCGCCUCAUUAAUUCUACUCUCUCUGUCUUGUAAUAUAAGAGCGUUUCAACACUAAUUCCAUAGUGUCAAAAAGCUUUUAUAUUAUGGGACGGAGAGACUAUUAGUUACCGUGAUUUGAAUUACUUUGAGAAACAUCAGUGGACCGUACCAGUUCUUCAUGUGACUGUGCAGGUCUAGACGGUAACAUUUGCAGCCUAGAUGGGCCAACAUCAGGUUGAUUGCUACUCUAGCAGCACACUGGCGUCAUGCAUGCAUGCAUGCAUGCUCCGUUUGCAAUGGGUGUAAAAAUAACGUGACUUGUUUUCCGAACCCUAUAUUUCUUUCAGAUUGAUUUUUUA